AUGGCAAUUACAAGACAAGAUACCCAGAGAUCUCAUGGAUCCUCCUCCAAAAGAUCUCUUGUCUCCUAUGAUUUCGAUGAGGAUGAGGAAAUCGGCCGUCCAAUAAAUUGUUCAUGGCUGCCAUGUUGUAUGGAUGAUGAGCAAGCCGAGUCUUUUGGCCACCACGUCUCAGUGUUUAUGGUAGCCCUCGUCGCUUUUGCCACCUUUUUCUGCGUGACGCUCAUUUUGAUUCUUGUCUUUAUGCUUGGA